AUGGCACCAGUGUCUUUCGACCUCUUCCGGAUUCCCUUUUAUGGCCUUGUGGCUGGGGCUGUCAUCAUUACUUUAUCGUUGGCGAAAAUUGUACAAACCUUUCAAAGAUGGAAGUACGUUCGUGAGAACGGCUGCCAGCCGCCAGCGCACUCUGUGUCCCAUGGCUUGUUCGGCAUUGGCAUGCUCAUGGAACUAGCCAAAGCCGGCCCCGAGCACAGGUUUCUUGAACUUCUUCGCGGCUGGCAUCGAAGCUACGGUACGACAUUCAAGGCGAGAAUCGCCAAUCGAAAUAUCAUUUUCACCGUCGACCCACGGAAUAUUCAAACAGUCCUCGCGCUGAAAUUCAAAGACUUCGGAGCGGGUUCAGCUCGACUAGACGCACUCCGUCCACUCUUGGGCAAGGGCAUCUUCGGCGUAGACGGUGCCGAGUGGGAACAUUCACGGGCUCUCCUCAGGCCGAACUUCUCGCGCACUCGGAUUAACGACACUGAAUUAUAUGAGAACCACGUUGCCGAGCUCAUCCAGCAGAUUCCGCGUGACGGAUCAACCGUCGAUUUACUUCCGCUGUUUCUCAAGGGGACUCUCGACACCGCUACCGAGUUUCUCUUCGGAGAGUCCGCUCACUCUCUGCGCAGAGAAGGGUCUUCUGCAGGUGCGCAAUUUGCAAAAGCCUUCGAUGUAGCCCAAUACAUCACUGCCAUGCGCUUCCGACUCGGAUCUUUGGGGAGGUUCUACCUCAGGAAGGAAUACACGAAAUCGAUUAGAGAUGCCCGCGCCUAUGUCGAAAGGUUUGUACAAAAGACGAUCGAUUAUCGUGUCGCAGCCAACAGCGGGCGGGAAGUUGAUCAAGACAUCAAGCGGUUGACUGAAAAUCAAUAUAUGUUCUCCUACGAGCUGUCGAAGCAAACACUUGACAAGACCACAAUAACAGAUCAGCUAUUGAGUAUUAUGUUUGCUGGUCGCGAUACCACUGCCAGCCUACUAAGCAUUGUAUUUUUCAUCUUGGCUAGAGAGCCUGAUGUGUGGACCAGACUUCGAAAAGAAGUGCUCGCUUUAGACGGACGAAAGCCAUCAUUCGAUGAUCUCAAAUCGAUGACUUACCUGACAUGGGUUCUCAACGAGACUCUCCGCAUGUACCCGAUCGUCCCCUUCAAUAUACGCCAGGCCAACAGAGACACGUAUCUUCCUGUCGGCGGUGGCCCGGAUGGAAAGUCCCCUGUUCACGUACCCAAGGGCCACGAGGUUCUCUUCACCGUAUACACAAUGCACCGGGAAAAUGAAGUCUAUGGACCCGAUGCGGAUGUGUUCCGCCCGGAGAGAUGGGAAAAGCUCAGGCCUGGUUGGGCGUACCUCCCUUUCAAUGGAGGUCCUCGGGUCUGCAUAGGCCAGCAGUUCGCGCUGACGGAAGCUGGAUACACUAUUACUAGAAUUAUGCAACAGUUUGAGGCAAUCGAAAAUCGAGAUCCGAAUCCCUGGACGGAGCAUUUUGGGUUGACCUUGUCAAACGCUAAUGGAACAAAGGUUGCUCUGACCCCUGUUCAGAAUUGA